AUGACGCGGUUAGCGACUCUCAUGUCUCGGUAUCAGCUUCUAAGCAAGCUGGGCAAAGGAUCCAGGAGCACGAUAUACCUGGCUCAAGACAAUGAAACAGGCAAUUAUUUGGCAUGUAAAGAACUUUGUUAUCGCGACUGGGAUUCGUCGGAACUGAGCCUUCUAGAACAUGAGAUAAUGGUAAAUAGGGCGCUAGUUCAUCCUAACAUUAUGCGGUAUCAAUAUAUUCUUAACGAUAAGGAGAACUGUCGCUAUUACCUCUUGAUGAGUUACUUUUCUAAAUCAGAUUUGGGGUACCAGCUCGUCAAGCGUAAGGAAACACAUGCACGAUUCAAGGAGGCAACCAUAUGGACUCUCAUGGCGCAGUUGUAUGAUGUGCUUCUUUAUUUGCACUCUGUUGAUAAGCGCCACAGUACUGAUAUCUCCAUUGCUCUAUUAAGGGAUUUCAGACCAUCCAAUUUCUUUCUGUCUAGUCGCGGUAUUAUUCAAAUUAAAUCUUUGCAGCACCUCAAGCUUCUCGAAUUUGGCUCUGUAGAGGCCGAGCCGUUUGCAAGCAAGCUUCCUCCACUGCUCGUACCAUAUUUGGCACCCGAUGUUUUGCAAGGAAACUAUUACAGCGCAUCAUCUGAUAUCUGGUCUCUAGGAUGCCUUCUCUAUGAGUUGUGUACAUUUCAGGCCUUUGUUACAGGGCGUACACCCAACGAUGUCCUCCAGGCGCUAGCAGGCGCUAGACACCCCAUUGUUUUGGACCAUUAUUCACAAAGCUUAUCACACGUUCUCAGCCUUAUGCUCCAGCCCAAUUCCCGAGAUCGCAUUACCCUGAAGCAGUUGGGGUCGUUUCCACAGCUAAAGUCGGCCUGGGAGCAAUAUAAGGCAUACAUCACCCACACAAGGAAACCUGUGGGUGAUCCUAUACCCUUACUGUUCCAUUGCAAGUGCGGUGGGGAUGGCCAUAGUUGCUGCCUGGAUGCUCGCCGCAAGAAUGGCCUUCCAGAUACAUAUAUUUCGCGGAGAGACCUCCAGAGUGAUGCAGUGACUCCGGCUAACCUCUGGCAACAAAGCACCUCUUCUCGCUUACUAGCUUCCAAGCGCCACAAGUCUAACGGCGAAUUCGAGGUUGUCCACGUGAAUCAGCGUGCAGAAGACGAGGAUGGAAUUAAAUAUGAACGCUUGGAAUCAGAUGCUCUUGCGCUGGAAGAUAGAUUGGGUUACACACCGAAUGCAACGGGUGUUGUAUUUACACAACCGGCCAUACAGGCAAUCGAUCUGAACAGUACACGCCAAUCUCCAUCGAAUACCACCAAGGAGUCAUACUUUGCAACUCAUGGGCGCUACCCCAAAGGGGUUGUGAACCGCCUAGUCUAUAGCAAUGAAAAUAGCCGUAUGGAGGGCGGCGGGGCGCUGCAAACUCAAUUUGAAUUGGUAGAAAAAGUCAUUGAAGACUCUCCUUCUAUUAGAAAUCCGUCCAGCGCGAAAUAUAUAGAAUAUGGCAAUUUUGCAGGCCGCACUAUGCUCAACACAACCAUCGGUGGUCAAGGAAACAUGACAAUGAUGGGAGGAGUUCUUGGCCCUGUGAAUGUAGAUGAGAUUUUCAAGGGCGAGGAGGUUGAGACACAGGAUAGGGCAUGCAGUCCGAUUAUCGUUAGUGUGCAUUCUCCCAACUACACUAGAACAGAGCUUGACAGCCUGAUGACAAACGAUGGUGUCACACGCCAUACUAGAAAGCAUAGAAACGAGUUCGGUGAUACAAUCAGCACCUGCUGGCAGCCUUCUCUAAAGAGCAAUAUUUCUUCUGUAAGGACUCUUGACUUGGAUGAAAAGGUUGCUUCAAUUAACAUGCCUUCGACACCAAAUCACCGUCUAAGGGACAGUAGCUAUGAUAUUUAUCCCACAUUAAAUUCUAGCGGAGGUAUGGCAGAAUCUCUAUAUGCCAAUUCUCUUUCUCCGCCGAAGAAAAACAAAACCUCUAUCAAUGAUAGCCAUGACUCUAAGAUCACUAGCCAUAUUUUCUCGCCGUCCUACAAGGCAUCCUUUUAUGAUCCAAAAAUGCUAUCCACACCGAAGGCUUUCGAGGCAUUUAGCUCUGAUGAAGAAGGACAGCAUAGUGAUGUGCCGCAAGAGGUAAUUAACUACCGUCGAAGCCCCCCUGCAUCCUUAUAUGAAGAGCCUUUACGCUUGGAUUACCACAGGCACCCAGUACAGGUGCCUAUUGUUUAUACUACUGAUGAUACGGUUUCAUACAUUGAUAUUCUUAAAAGCACACAAUCCACAACCAGAGCAGUUGGUCCUAAUAAACCGGAAAAGCUGAAGAAACAGAAGAAGUCCAAAGAACCUACCCAGCCCCCUGUAAUAUCAUUUGAGGACGAUUGCUCUGUUGGUAGACUACCUACGCCUGAUAGGACAAUGAUAAAGGUAAGCCACCGGGAUUCUAUCAGAGAGCCAGGAAACGAUGAUCAUCUUAUUUCUGCGUAUUCUCGAUGGUCGUCGCCUUCAAUUACUCCACAACCUCCUGCAGCACCCUGCACAUAUGAACAUUAUCAUGCAUCGUAUGUCCCACGUAAUAAGCUAACGCCGCCGAAGACAAUACAGGUUCCGCUCCCAGGCGACUACACUCACUAUGCCUUUUCAUCAAAUAAGAUUGAAAAAUCAUCAGCAUUAGCCAAAGACAUACAUGGUGCGCAUGAGCCUACGUCUACCAACAAUCUAGCACUGUCCAGGAACAGCAUUGCACAUGUUUAUGAGACGCAUUUUCUGCCCCAUGAAAGGUAUGUUUCUAAGCAUGAGUUACAAAGAACACACCCUGUCACGUUUUCUAUGUUAAACACUACCACUAACGGGACAAGAAGCGGAGCAGAGGGGUUGAGAAAUACGCUAUCCACUGACAGAGGUGUUGGAAGCUCAAGUCAAGUCACUUUGUAA